AUGGCGAUACCGAGGCGCCUUAUUCUCCUCCUUACGGCUACUUUUCUGCUCUUACUUAUCGCAAUGCUGUUAGCGAUUGCGAUCGAGAUCCGCGCACCACCACCAAAGAUGAUGGCAGUGACGCUUGCUCAAGCCGCAAAGUACGGCGAAUCUGAACGCGAGCUUGCUGAAAAAGCGCUCCUGAACGGCACCGACUUCGAUCGCGGCGACAUCCUGAAUGGAACCACCAUUGCGCCACCAGCAUACACGCCCACAAUGACGGUGACCGACGAAGGCAUGAUUGGAGACCAGGAAGCGCCAGUACCGACUUCAAGCGCAGCGGAUGAAGGAUACAUCCAGCCAGACUCAACGUCUCUGCCAGCCGCCAAACCGACACCACAACCCGUCGCGCAAAUCCCGAUCCUCGCUCUUUCCUACUCUGGCUCUGGAGGCCCAAAACACUGUCGCGGUAGCCUGUUACAGAAAAUGUCCUUCGCGCGGCCUGCAGCGCAGUGGAAGAACGGGUCAUGCAUCAAUCUUCCCAGCGAUGCGCGCUGCGGCGUCUUCUACUCCGAGAAGGGCGACAACUGCGAGGCGCAACUGUUCAACGAAGCGGACUGCUACAACACAACGGCGACGUACGUCAACACCGUGGUGUUCAUGCCAGAAGAGCGACCUGUCGGCACGCUGUGGAGGAGCAUGUUCGUGAAAUGCGGUGUACAUGUGCCAGAGGCCACGAUGCUGGAUCCUGCUAUUCUCGGUGGGGCGCUGGGAUCGAAGAAACCUCCUGUUGGAUGAGGUGCAAAUCGUCUUCAGGAUCUUACGCGAAGA